CGAAGCCUCAGCCCAAAUCAACCUUUAGCCGUUCUCGUCUUUACAAUUUACAGCUUAAUAAAGUCUUGAAGGAAAACCCUAACAGCUUCGCCUUCAACCAUCUGCAAGACUGAGAUGUGGCUUUCUUUUUUCUCAGGUCUUAUGCGCUUAAGAGCUGCGCUUGAGAGCUGCCCAAGGUUUCUGUGUUGUGACCUGUGAUGGCACAUCCACAUUCUUAUUGCUUUCAGCCCAUUAAAAUUGCAGCCCAUUGCAAUCUCUUAUACCCCAGCUCUAAGCAGAUACACAGUUGCCACAUUGUGCUUUCAAGCAGCAACAAGUUAAAUCAAGACCCGAAUCUGCAAACGAAGGUUGGUUCCUUACUAGAUAGCAUCAAAUGGGACGAUAAAGGUUUAGCGGUGGCAAUAGCUCAAAAUGUUGACACUGGUGCUGUUCUAAUGCAAGGGUUUGCCAAUCGGGAUGCUCUUUUACAAACCCUUUCAUCUCGAAAGGCAACAUUCUGGAGUCGGUCACGGUCCACCUUAUGGACCAAGGGGGAGACCUCUAUGAAUUUCAUAAAUAUUUGUGAUGUUUUUCUUGAUUGUGAUCGUGAUUCUAUUAUAUAUCUCGGGAAGCCCGUUGGACCAACUUGCCACAUGGGUUCAGAAACAUGUUAUUACACAUCUUUGUGUGAUGUCGAUACACAUGAACAGAUGGAAGAAAAUAAGCUGGCUCUCACAUCCUUAUACUCAUUAGAAUCAACAAUCUACCAAAGGAAAGAUGAACUGCCAAGAUCUUCAAAUGAAAAACCUUCAUGGACAAAACGACUAUUGCUUGAUGAUAAAUUGCUUUGCUCAAAAAUCCGGGAGGAGGCAGAUGAGCUAUGCCGCACUUUGGAGGAAAAUGAGGAGAAAGGACGAACUGCAUCAGAGGCGGCAGAUUUGGUUUAUCAUGCCAUGGUUCUACUUGCCAAUAGAGAUGUGAAAAUCGAGGAAGUUCUUCAAGUUCUGAGGCUAAGGUUCUCACAAUCAGGAAUUGAAGAAAAGAUCAGUCGACAAUCUAAGGGGACUUGACCCGACUACUACUCACUUUCACUACUUCCUUCUACCACUAUAUAGUUUUUGAAGAAAUAGAUGGAUUGGUAGGGGACACAUCAUCACCUUGAUAUUUGUUAUUAUUAAAUGACGUGGAAAUAAUUAAGAGCAUCAUCAGUCAUGUUUUUACAGUUGUAUCAGAUUCCUCACUUCAUGGAGGAAUCUUCCUCACUUAGAUUGGGUUAGAUACUUAGAUUCCUCAGUGGAGGAUAAAUAUUUUUCACUUUAGAAAUUUAUGCUUGCUAAAAACUGGUGGUACUCCAUGAUUGCUUCAGUUUCUAUCUUAUUUGGGGACUUGUCACUUGUGAGUGCUAUUAUGAUGGGCUCAUGCUUCAUGCUAAUGGGAAGCAUUGAUUUGAAAACAACAGUUUUAA